AACUGUAUUAAAGGAAAUGAAAGAGUUUAGGAAGGCUGUAGUGGUCGCUUUGUUAGACCAAAUGUGUGUGCGUCGCCUGUGUUUGUGUGAAGGGAGGUCCUGAUUUACCACUGAGAAAAGUAUGAAAACCCUUCAGGGGGAUUUCCUCUGAAAGAAAGACCUCCUCCUCCUCUCUCAGCCUUUACUUUCUCUCGCUCGGUCACGCUGAAAAAGCUCUUUACAGUCAAGACAAAACACCGCGCUUGACAUUUAGCAGUUUUCAGCAGACAACUUGCAAUAACUUGCUAAACAAUGACUGUCGUCUACUGUAUUCCAAAAAUACCAGCACAACAGACGCCCUGGAUGCACCUCUGGAUGUAAGGAGUCAAGGGAAUGGUGCCAGUUUCUGUCCAGAAGUAAAUCGGGAGUUUGUUUUGUUGGAGAGAGGAUGACAGCACAGUAGACUGGAUCCUGUCAUCAAGAUGAACCCGUCAUCUCUGGAGUGGUCCAUUCAGAGCACGCUGUCGGCCCUUUACCCGCCCUUUGAGGCCACUGCUCCCACUGUUCUCAGCCAACUCUUUCGCACCAUUGAGGAACGUUACCAUGGAGAUGCGCUGCAGUGCCUGCUGGACUUUCUCAUCCCAGCCAAACACAUCUUAGAGAGUGUACAGCAAGCUGCGUGUGCUGCAUACUCUGAUGUCCUCUUUCGGUGUGAGGGUUGGCCGUUGUGCCUAAGUGAUCGUGUGGUGGUUCAACUUGCCCCUAUCAACCCUUUACUGCUCCGGCCUGGAGAUUUCUACCUGCAGGUGGAGCCUUUUGGAGAUCAGUCAGCCCGAAUCGUCUUCAAAAGUCUUCUUGUGCAGGAAGACCUCCUGGGGCAGGACAAUCUGGUACUUCAAGCAGGCUCCAGAGUGCCGCAGGGUCCCGAAGUCGAGGGGAUACCAAUACCCGAGACAUCCUACCCGAGCAUUUUCACCAAGUCUUGGUUAAGAGAAAUAAACGAGGGCCGUCAUGGUAAACCUCUACAUCAGUGUGUGCUAUCUUCCGACCGGGGGGUUGUGAAGGUCCCUUGGACUGAAAUCGCCAACCCGGAAUUUCUUGACAGACCCAAAGCUAAUAUCUGGGCUGAAACAACAUCUUGCACGACGGCAACUCUCAAAGUGGAUGAUCUUCAGACUAAGAUAUCUGAAUACGUGGCACAGUUACCUGCAGAUCUCCUACAACUUGAGAUGGAAACCAGGAUCCUUCCUGCCGAAGAUGGGAUGGUUGUUUCGGUUCAGCUGGUGGAGGGCGGCACCAGAUUGGUUAAGGUUGAGCAUGGAAACCCAAUCAGCAGUUUUGCUGGAAAACCGGUUGGUUGGGUCUCUCCCAACACCUGGGACAGCAGGCACGACCGAGAGCUGGAAGGGGAAUAUGUGGACUUGCUGGAGUUCACAAAGGAGAAACAGACCCUCAACAAAAUAGCAAUGCCAACACAACCACUAAGCUUCAAGCUGGUCAGGACCGCUCAGCCUGAAGCAAAAAGCAACCUGUGUGAUGAGCACUUCAGCGUCUUGGAUAAGAACAGUAACCCAUACUUGCAACCCAAACAGCCAUCGGAGAGCAUGCAGAACAAUCUAGAAUCCAAAUGCAGGUAUCGACAGUCCUACAUGGCAGCUCUACGAAACCCUGUACAUUUUGAGAGAGCAAGUAUGCUCCGUCCCGUGGAUGAAUCAAAGCCACACGUAGCCAAGGCUGAGCCAAGCUGUGAGAGAUAUGGAGUUAGCCUCCAACAUCCAAGCAGCAUGUCUGGCCAGACACCAAACCAAACAGACAAAAUCCCAAUACAGUGCUUUGAGAAAUCAGCCCAAGUAGAGCAAAGUCCAACAAUCGUCUGUCAGAAGUCAACCCGGCCAAGUGAGAGCAUACCUCAUGGCCGUAGGUCAAUGGAGAACUCUCCUGAGCAGUGUACAUCACAACAGAGCCCAGACACGGCCCAAGAAAAACACCACAAGUCACAUGAUCUUCACGAGACUGCAGUGGGAAAUAAAGCAUUACCUGACAAAAGACUCCACUGUCUCAACGACUCCAUCAGACAAGAUCAGUUUCAGGUGCGGGUCGGCGGUCAGAAGCAUGCCAAAACCCAACACUUGCCUAAAAUGGGGCUAAGGGCAUUACCCGACCACAGCGGCCUCAGACAAGAUCUGUGUUUGCGGCGACUCAAUGUCAUUCAGCAAAACCAGCUCACGCAGAACUCCGAACAAACAUCCCUGUUAUUUCAGCAUCAAUGCAGUCAGAUCCAUUUUCAAAAUGAGAACAGUCCAUCGGAUUACAAAAUCCCCAGUGAUGACAGACAGCGCGGAAGAGACCUGGAUUCACCUGCACAGGUGCUGAAAGUGGCAGGUAAAAGCCGGCCAAAAUUCCGCUCUUCUUCAUCCGUCUCAGAAACAGCCCGAGAGUUCAUGCAGUCACACAAGGUGAAUAACAGAAGCCACAGUGACGUCUAUCCAGGGAUCAUCCCGACUGUAUCUAUAAUCCAGGGAAUAAAACACACUGCUAAUUUAGUGUCCCCGAAAUUAACCAGACGACACGAACGAAAGGUUUCCUUAUCUGGGAAACUUGGAACUCCAGUUGGCAACGGAGCAGAGCUCCAGGACAUCAACAAUGACCAGCUCCAGAUGAGCCGGACUGAGAGCGCAGGGCAGGCAACUCUCUAUUCCCAACACCCCACAAUCAAGAAUCUUCUACAGCUAGGAAUGAUCUGUUUGCCAGGGAGUCGUGACAGAGCUGGUCGAGCUGUGGUGGAGGUAUACGGGGGACGGACAGGGUGGGCAUCGGCCCAGCACUCUCCUCUGGACCUCUGCAGACUGCUGCUCUACCUGCACUCCGUACCCAGGAUGGAGGUCAGAGAUCUGGGACUGACCGUUGUGAUUGACAGCAGGAAAUCUCCACUGCCCUCUGUCUUUUAUAAAUCUCUGCUCUUGGUUCAGGAACAGGCCCUUCAUGCAGUACACACUAUUGUUAUGCUUGUUGAGAAAGACGUGAAUCCUCGACCCGAAAGACAUCCUGGUUUACAGAUCGAUGUUGUGACAUCACUGAAGGCUCUUCAUAAGGUGGUUGAUGCACAGCAGUUGACCUCUGACCUCGGAGGAAACUUCCCUUACAGUCAUGACGACUGGCUGCAAUUUCACCAGAAACUCUCCCUCUUUCAACUCGACCUACAAGCGGCAUCUUCAUUAUUGCAUGCAGCAAUCAAAAAACUGGACCUUAAAAAAACAGACUCUGCACAGGAAGUGAUGUCCUGUAUCCACGAGCAAAGAAGCUCCAUGAAAAUAGUGCUUGAAGAUACGCGAUUGGUCGCUCUCCAAAGAGAGGGCGGGGCUAUUCUCGCCAGGAUGCGAAAGGAGGAGCCUCGAUACGUUCAUUCUGAAGACUACAGGCACUCAAUGGAGUCUGUGACGUGUCUGUAUAACCAAGUGGAAGAGGCCGUUCACACACUAGUGAUGAAAUCGAACCAGUCCCUGCAACACCUCGAACAUGUUCUUCUGUUGAGAGAGACGGCAGAUUCGCUUAACAGGAUCCAGACCUGGUGUAACGCAGAGGAACAGUCAUGGAAGGACAAUGUUGACAAGGAGGAAACUCUGCCGAAACUUGAGCAAAAACUAAGAGAUAUUCAGUCUGUUCUGAUGCAAGCAAAGGAGAAAACGGAGAAAGGAAUGUUGUUGAUAAAGGCAGUGAAGAGAAAAAGGCAAGAAACACAGUUUCAUGAAACGGACGCUUUUCGCUGCACCGUCACCAGCUUCAAAACCAACAUGACUGGCUUCCUCUUAAGGGCUGAAGAACGUAAAUCUGAGCUGGAGACAUCUCUUGACCUCUAUCGUUUCUGUGAACAGGCCUCAUCUCUUGUCAAAGAGUGCAUGCAGUAUUUGGGGAGCGUGACCUCUCCUGCCUGCCUACGCUUCAGCGUGCUAAAGGCCUUUGAGAAAAGGUUCAGAGACUUCUCACCCCAACACUUUGAGGAAAAAAGAGAGGCGCUGUUAGAGAGGCACCCAGACGGGAUAUGGAUGUGGAAUGCAGUCUGGGCUCAGUGCCGAGACAUCAGACAGAGGCUACGAGAGAUAUUGCAGACCUCUUAUAGAAAUCAGAGCCCUCCGACAUCUCCACAAAAGGAAAAUGUUGCGACCAAACAUGCUAACGGCCACUUGGAGAGUCUGGCCCAGAAUGUGGUUACUACUUCUACUCCUGAAAAAAGGGAAGGCGACCCCCAGACGAACCCAGUUGGCGAUCGUACAGAGAACCGAAACUGUCAUACUGAGACUGUGGCACUUUUAAAUAAGCCAGUGCAAUGCACAUUAUCAAACUCAGAAACACAAAUGGAUGAACAUAAAGACACCUUGCCGAUUAAACAACAUGUUCAAGGUCUUCAACAAUCAUUACCCCUCAAAGAGCAAAGCUCACCCAAAGUCUGGUUAAAAGACAGCCGUCGCCCUUUCCACCGAAGGUCAAGCGAGGGAAGUGUUUCCACAUAUCACACAGUACAGACCGCAGCAAUCAGGAAGUGCCCUCAGAUGAACUCUCACAGUGAUGGUGAUCUCAGGAACUUCGGACGCCCCGAUGAGAUGUACCUCUCGGCACGCUAUCGAUCACUGGUCAGCUCGUGUAGUGAGGGCUCUUGUGCAUCCACCAGCUGUAGCGUUUCUACAAGUAAAGACAACGCUACAGUUAAGCCCAUGACCCAGACAUCUACAAAUUCCUGUCAAAAAGAUUUCCUACCAAGAGCUUCAAGUCCAGUCAGCGAUGCAGAAAGAGCAUCAUGCGAUGGACAGAGCUCCAAUCUGUCUCACCAAGACAGCUUUUGUUCUAGCGUUUCUCAACCGAGCCGAAGUAACCGAGCCAAAAUAAAUGAUAAAUUCAGCGAUGACACCAAAUCAAUGAUGUCUCCAACAACACACUCUGUCAUUCCAGUCAGAAUGCAGGACGAGUCCAUCUCUACACCUACUUCUACAUUGGAAACCAACAGUACUGGAUUAAAACUGAGGCUCAUCAUUGAGGAGUUGCUCAAAACGGAGAGGGAGUAUGUGAGAGCGUUGUGGUACGUCGUAGAGCACUACAUGCCCGAGCUAGAGCGUCCUGACGUUCCUCAGGACCUGCGAGGACAGCGAGGAAGCAUCUUUGGAAACUUGGAGAAACUGCGGGAUUUCCACCAGCAUCACUUUCUUAAAGAGCUGGAGAUCUGUCUGCAAGAGCCCUUCGGUGUGGGACGCUGCUUUUUAAAACACAAAGAAAACUUUGGCCUCUACGCUUUAUACAGCAAGAACAAACCUCGCUCGGAGGAACUGCUCAUCAGUCAUGCAAAAGAGUUCUUCAAGGAAAAACAGCAGCUGCUGGGAGAUAAGAUGGAUCUGUCAUCAUAUCUCUUGAAGCCGGUGCAGCGCAUCAGUAAAUAUAGCCUGUUGCUGCAGGACAUGCUUCGGGAAUGCGAUGGCGGGCCACACACAGGCCACGAGCGUGUGGAGAUACAGACCGCCUUAGAGAUCAUCCAGUUCCAGCUUCGCCACGGCAACGAUCUGCUUGCCAUGGAUGACAUUCAGGACUGUGAUGUGAAUCUGAAGGAACAAGGACAGCUGAUUCGUCAAGACGCAUUCCUCUUGACCUUCAGGAAGAAAAAAUGUCACCGUCACAUCUUUCUCUUUCGAGAUCUCAUACUCUUCAGCAAAACUAGGAAAACGGAUGUGGGGAAUGACACGUACAUCUACAAACAGUCCUUCAAGACAUCGGACAUUGGCAUGACCCAUAAUUUUGGUGACAGUGGGCUGUGUUUUGAGAUCUGGUUUCGAAGAAGGAAGUCACAGGACACAUACGUACUUCAGGCACCAAGUCGAGAAGUGAAGGAGAAUUGGACUAGAGACUUAGAGAGAAUUCUCUGGGAACAAGCAAUACACAACAGAGAAAUCCGCAUGCAGGAGAGAGUGUUCAUGGGCAUCGGUCAUAAACCCUUCAUGGACAUCACGCCGAGCGAGAUGGCCAUCAACGACAGAGCCAUCAACUGUGCUUUAACAGGACGAGGCGGCUUUCCUGUCCUUCGCUUGAAUUCUACUGGUUCGGCCAGCUGUACGUCAUCCUCUGGUAGCCAUUCAUCAUCUUCUUCUGGGUGGGGCUCUCCUGUGGGACAUCUGAUAGGUCCCACCAGUAGAGAUGUUGUCCGGUUUGGACGUGGAACCUCGGGAAUCCUGGAGGAAGAGAAUUUGGAUCAGGAUAGUGGAAACCAGAGUGUACUUGUGGACAGUUCUGAAUCGUCGGGUGAGAGUGUAAGUUGCUUCAGCAGUUCAGGCCACAGCUCCCAUUCUGUGAUUGGUGGAUGCGGUGAACACGGCCCAUCUGAGGUGCCAGUCGUUGGUGUGAAACAAUUAAGUGCCCACAAACAGGAAAGCAACAGGAAACCUACCAACCCACCGAUCCAGCCAUGCUCUAAAGUUCAAGGGAGAAACAUCAUGGGUAAAUCAACAGAAGUUUAAAAAGUCCUUAUUCUCUGUACUGUAAGACUAUCACAUGCCUUUUAUAUUAUCAUGCAUUAUGCCUGUGGCUUACUAAUGGACUUAGUAAUAAAGCUUAUUUUAUUUAUUUA